CAGAGGAGUCGCCCCCUGGUGGACACUAGAGAGAAUGCAGCAACCAGAGGUGGCCAAUCAAGUAGCUCACAGGAAGAAGAGCAGCAUGAAAGACUGAAACACAACGCAGCAUUAUGUUUUUCACCUUUAGUCUCUCACUUUGGACGUGUUUGCCAGUUUAAAAUCUGCAAUAUUGAUGAACCUCCCAUCCUGGUUAGUUAUUGAAAGUGUUUUUUUCAGUCACCCGUAGGACCAAACAUUCAUCAUGGCAUCACUACCACAUUGCUGUUAAUCACCAUAACACAUGACUUUGUGUUCGUUUAUCCUCACGUUUAGCAGCGUAGCCUCAACAGAUGGAGCUCUGAGCACGAACAAAGACUUUUAUCCUCAACAUGAUGUUUGUUACUUUAUUCUCUGAACACCAGAGGACGAACAAACAAGAUAAAGUGUAAAGAAUAAAACAGACGAGUGUAACCAACAAAAAGCCAUAAACCAACCUCCACUAUAGAGAGGAGGGAUGAUAAUCAUCUAUAAACUCAUAUCUCAUAUUCAUGAACUACUUUAUCACUGUCAUAGAAACCUUGUAGAGAAACACGUCCAGUAUUAAAUGUGUUAUAAAGAAACUAAGGUUGAACAUCCUGUAAACUGUUUGAUUUGGCUGAUAAAUAUUUACGCAAAUGUAGAUUUUUAACACUUCCUGUUUGUAAAGUAUCUAAAAAUGAAUUGUUCUUUUUAGUAAAUAGUGUUUUUAUCAGUUAAUAUUUGUGACAGUCACAUCUAAAAAGCUUUGAUCGCGUGACAAGUUACAGAAAUUCAGAGGUGCACGACCAAACGCUGCAAUCAAUUGAGGAUUACGUCAUUAUAUAAACCAAGCUUAAGUCGGACAAUGGUAGCCCAAAUCAGACAAUGGUAGCCCAAAUCAGACAAUGGUAGCCCAAAUCCGCCAUUAAACUUGUUGUUUUCUCUCAUUUAUUUUAUGUGUGCAUUAAAUAAACGAGACAUUACAUGUCACUGAGCUUUAGAGAGGAUGGAAGGUGUGUCUCGUUACUUCUGGACAGAACCAGGCUAGCUGUUUCCGGUCCACAUGCUAUGCUAAGCUAAGCUAACAUGUCAACGUGUUUCCUCACACUUCUUUUCUUCUUGCAGAGUCUCUACCAGAGUCUGAAGAAGUUGCUGGAAUAUGGCGGCAACGUGGAGCAAGACAUGAUGCUCACGUACCAGAUCUCUCACACAGACCUGUUUGGAAACCCCAUCCUGUAUGACCUGAAGGACCAGGGAGACCAGAUCCCCGUCACAGAGGACAACAGACAGGAGUUUGUGGACGUGUAUGCCGACUACAUCCUGAACACGAGCGUGGAGAGUCAGUUCAAAGCCUUUAAGAAAGGUUUCCUGAUGGUCACCAAAGAGUCUCCUCUGAAGUAUUUGUUCAGACCGGAGGAAGUAGAGAUGCUGAUCUGUGGCAGCAGGAAACUUGACUUUGAAGCUCUUGAAAAAACGACAGAAUACGAUGGAGGUUACAGCAAAGAUAGUCAGAUCAUCAGAGAUUUCUGGGAAACGAUUCACUCGUUUGGAGAAGAGCAGAAGAGGUUGUUUCUUCAGUUCACCACCGGCACAGACAGAGCGCCCGUCGGAGGGCUCGGCAAACUAAAAAUGAUCAUCGCCAAGAACGGCUCCGACACAGACAGGUACUUCAGACAGAUUAUCAGAUAAAGAACUCGUUCUACAACCAGCGACAGACGAGGACGCAGAGAUUAUAAGGUCCGAUCUGUUCUUUGUGAAGGAGAAUUCUCAGGAACACCUGGAGAGAAUUUCUUUACUUUUGCAACAAACGUCCAGCUGAGCCAGGAAGCAACCUCCGGUUCUUUAAUGUGAAGUCAAAGCUUCAUGUGUUAAAGCUGCAUUCUCUCU